AUGUCGCGCUUUGUUGCCGCAGAUGAGGUCAAUGACGAGGAUUUGGCGAAGCAGGAGGCACACGAGGAGAAGCUGUUGAGUGCUUUCGAGCAAGAGAAGAGCAAGGAGGGGCGCAGGACGCUCGCGCAACAGCUCAGGGAGAACAGGCAGCAGAAGUACAAGGAAUACAAGGACAGCAUGGAGGAAGAAAACUCUCUUUACAAGUGGUCUCAAAGAGACAUGGAAUAUUAUGGGAAACUUGAAGAAGAACGAAGGUCUAAGAGAUUGAAGGAGAAAGCAGAUAUUGAAAGGGAGAUCACGACUUACAAGCAAGCUAUAAGAGCGCGCGAACGAACAGAAAACAGCUCCAUCAUUGACGAGCUCGAAAAAAUCGAAGCUAUGGAAGGGCGCAAACGAAGAAAUUCCACAAAAGACAGAGCUUAUAGAAUCAACAAGCGGAAAGCCACAGCGCGUGGUAACAACUCUGAUCGCGCUCAGUUACCAGACAGCAAUUCUGACACCGCAGGCCGGAUUCCUCAAACUCGGUCACAAAAGGAGAAAUCUCUUAGCCACCAAAGAAGUCAAGUGUCAUGUGCUCCAAAAAAACCCAUUCAGUCGCAAUUUGGCUAUUCCUCGGAAAGCGAAUAA